UGCGGAUGCUGACUGCAGCACUUUGAGUAAACAAGAAUACAAGCAAACUCAAAUAAAAAGUUCCAUUCGACGGAAACUCCAGCAAUAAGGAUUCGACUGAACGUGGAAGGAAAUAAUACGAAGUACCAACUAUCAACAACUUAUGGGCAUAAGAGGUAACCGCUCUUCUCGUUCAACAUGUUCAAUGCAUUGUACAACGGCAUGUCAGCUACAUCGUAGAGAAACUAAGUGGUGAACGUGUGCUUGCACCGGGCCAGAUGGGAGCACCCUGCAGAGUUGCGAUAAGUGUCGUGAAGGAAAAAGCCAGGAGAAGCACUCGCAAGUGAAAAAGUAAUAAUAAUUUAAUUACCCACAUAAUUAGUGUUAAGAGUGUGCAAUAAAUACCGAAGGGAGAAGCGUGAGUGUCGGGGCAAAGAGUGAGCCAAAAGUCGACGCAAUCUUUUCGAGAAUGUGUGAAUGUGUGUAAAGCUGCUGCUUGUUUGGCAUGGUGCCGUUGGUUGUAAAUAGCUGAAUCGCGUGUCCUGGGGCGUGAGAAAGUGAAGUUCAAUGGCAACAAGGAGCGCCAAAUCGUUAGCAUCUUGUUGAUGGCGCUCAGAGCAAUGCUGGCCGGAGCGGAAAUAGUUCCCAAGCCGGUGACGGCGGCUACGCUAGAUCCGCUGCUGCUGGUGGCCAACUCGUCUACGGUUGUCGGAAACGCGUCAUCAGCGUACCAGUUUUAUGACGGCAAUGGGACGGGGUCAGUUUCCGACACGGCCACCGUUACGGAUCUGAUCAGCACGGCUGCCAACCGGACGACCACCGCGCUCUCCACUCCCGACGAGGACCGUUUCUUCGAGGUGGGAGUACUGUGUAUGAAAAGCUUAAUCUUCGGAUCGAUCAUCAUCGGGGCUGUGCUAGGAAAUGCACUCGUUAUCAUUUCGGUGCAUAAAAAUAGGAAACUAAGAGUAAUAACCAAUUAUUUCGUAGUAUCAUUAGCAAUGGCAGACAUCAUGGUGGCUCUCUGUGCCAUGACCUUUAACGCAUCUGUCGAACUAUCUGGAAGAUGGCUGUUCGGACCGUUCAUGUGCGACGUGUGGAACAGUCUGGACGUUUACUUUUCCACGGCCAGCAUACUACAUCUGUGCUGCAUUUCCGUCGAUCGCUACUUCGCCAUCGUGCGGCCCCUCGAAUAUCCGCUGUACAUGACGCACCGGACCGUCGGGUUCAUGCUGGCCAACGUGUGGAUGCUGCCGGCGUUGAUUUCGUUUACGCCCAUCUUCCUCGGCUGGUACACGACGGCCGAGCACCUGGAAACGCUCAAGGACAAUCCGGAAAUGUGCGUGUUCGUGGUGAACAAAGCCUACGCACUCAUCUCCAGUUCCAUCAGCUUUUGGAUACCGGGCAUCGUGAUGGUCACGAUGUACUACCGAAUCUUCAAGGAAGCUAUCCGGCAACGGAAGGCCCUCAGUCGCACCAGCUCAAACAUCCUGCUGAACAGUGUUGCCAUCAACAAUUCCAACACGCUGCACGCGAACUACCACCGCAAUCACCAUCUGCGGGCGAGCGAUUGCGAUCUGGGGAUGGACUCGAAGGACAUUCAGCACGACACGCACAGCGAAAUGAGUGAUUUGGAUAUUCCCAUCGUUCCCACGAUAGUCAACACCGACGGCAACAUCGUGAGUAACGAUGACGACUUUCUGCUUCCGUCGUCGCCACCGCGAAGGCUCAGUCGAAGUAGCAUCGAUCUGCGGGACCUGGAGUACAAGAACGAAACCAAAAUCAAACCAUCGGACAGUGUGGGUUCAAUCUUCCCGCUGCAGUACGAGAACAAUCUGCGCUACUCUGGAAGCGAACCGAUUCACGUGAAGGAAAACCAGCAGCGGAGGCCUUCCCGGAAGGAGAGCUUCAAGCAGAUAAAUUUCUUCCAACCGUUCUUCUCGAAGAACAGUCUGCUCAAGUCGUACAUCAAGGGCGGCAGCUGCAAGGGUGACAACGAUGCAAGCAAUCUUAACAAUAACAAUAGCAAUAAUCGGACGGCUUCCGAGAAGAAAUUGAACAAUAAGAACAAUGACAAUCGUUCCAAUAAUAACAUAAUCGAUCUGAUCAACGUGACGUCGUCGCUGAACAAGGACAGCACGGCGGCGGAAAAGGAAGUUAACACGCACAAACGGCACCAGAUUGCGGCCAGUGAGUCAGAUUUUCUAACCAUGAUACAGAAGCAGCGAUGUCAACGGCUGGGGCUGGGGAAAAAUAACGCCAGCUUAAAGAAAAGUAGUAACAAGGAUAGGUCGAAGGAUGAUCAACUGAUUUAUGCGCUGAGCGAUUCGGAUUUCACGGCGGCAAUCCAAGGAGACGAAUCGAUUUUGAAGAGUCUGAAGAACCUGAAGGUGUGUACUGAGAAAAAAGACGAUAUUUUCAAAAUAGUGUUGAACGGAGAUGGUGGACCAGCUGUUGCAACGGUUGGAUCUGGUUUGAAUGAUACCCCGGAUAUCCUUAUCGGUUGUUUCGAUCAUGGGUUCAACGGAACCAGACCGCUGAGCCCACCCAGCCCCAAAGAGGUUGUACCCCCCUGUGCAGAGGAAGGUGUCCUCAUCAAAUCCAUCAAUCUCAAAGUUGUGAAUAGUAGUAAUAUUACGACAAACCAAAGUAGCACAGUUAGUGAUAGUAAUCUAAGCCACGCCGAGGGUAACUUCGUAAUGGAUCUGAUAUCGGCAAUCGCGUCAGCGGGCUCGCCACCGCACUCAGCCGGAUUGCUUCCGGAAGCAAUCUCACGGGAAAACGAUCGUCGCAGAAAUUGUGAUAAACCACCACCUAGCAGUAGUCACGUUGAUAGUUUGAAACCACUGGCGACACACACGGAUUCUGGCAGUCCGUUGAAUGUGCUGAGUGAAGCUUCCACCAUAUCUCUUGAUCUAGUGGCGAUGAGUCCGAGCACAAAACUACAAGUUCCUAACGCUGCCGGGAGCGUCGGUUUGCAGCCGUCCGAUGGUCCGGCAAUUGAAGACAGCAUCAACCCGGUUGACCAUCCCGUUGAUCCGUUGGGUCAAGUGGUAAACAACCCCGACAUCAUAAUCGAAAACAUCCGAAACGAUAGUUUAAACAAUCAGCAUCAACAGCAGCACAUUGCAGUGGCGAGGGCCACUACGACGACCAUAUCGACAACGACGACGGGUGCACCAGCUAUGCGACCACCAUCGAUAAUGACUCCGUCGCCGAUCCACCACCCGGGCCUGCAGCGCAAACGACAAUCGUCCACCGUCACGUACAAUAUUAACGUGAUUAACUUUAGCGAUAAUCCCGACGAUGACAGCAGUUAUCAGAUGAAUAAUCGGAGCAGUGACCAGAGGACGGGUGGUGGUGGUGGGAUGGCGUCCGGUGCCGGUGGGAGAUCAAACAGUUCAACGAACUCGAGCCUGAAGCAGCACACCCGCCGUGGCGCCAUCUGCAUAGUGAUAAACAACGAAAAUGUGGUCCACGCCACCGACACGGACACGGACUGCGACGAGCACGAUGAUGCCGCGGGCCACGGAGCUGACCCGCAGCUAUCGUCUCCGUGCGGCUGUGCAACGCACGACGAUGGGUCCGGUGCGGCCAGCUGUCGGCACAGCAAGUUCCGCAAGAUCAAGUGCCUCUGGAACCAUUUUAGGCGCCACGGUCUGCUGAGGCGCGGUCCUCCGGCGAGACGCCGCAACGAACCGUGUGACGGUGGUGUUGCGCGGGGCAGGCGGCCCUCCAUGGCUCGGCUCACGGUCCCGACCGGCAUCGGUGGCCGCUUCGGCAGUCGCUGUAGCAGUUUUGGUGGUGGGGAAGGUGGCACCUCGACCCGGCAAACGAAAGGCUGGCGAGCGGAGCACAAAGCUGCCCGGACGCUUGGAAUCAUCAUGGGAGUGUUCCUGCUCUGCUGGCUGCCGUUUUUCCUCUGGUACGUCAUAACGACGCUGUGCGGGGAGGAGUCGUGCCCCUGCCCGGACGUGGUCAUCACGCUGCUAUUCUGGAUCGGCUACUUCAACUCGACGCUAAAUCCGCUCAUUUAUGCCUACUUCAACCGGGACUUCCGGGAAGCGUUCCGGAACACGCUGCAAUCGCUACUGCCCUGCUUCGGCAAGAAGGACCCCUUCGAUGGCCACAGCGCUUACUAUGUGUAGUAUUAAGGGUACCCUGGACCCCCGAAUCCCGUUCCCACCUUAGGUCGAAGAAAUCACAUCAAAGUGUGUUCAAAGCAGCAACAAAUGCUACCAUGUUAUAAGCAAACGGCGCUCUAUGUAACUCGUUGUUGGUAGUUAGUGAGGUAAGAAGAUUGUUCUAAUGCGUGUCGAAACCGAAACUGUUUGACGUUAGUGUCCUCUAAUGGGUUAUGUUCCAUCCAUGGUGUCGAAAUUUAUGUGGAACAAAAAAAAUACGGGUGUCAUUUAGUGAGUGAGUUAGCGGAACAACGGACCGAAUGAAUCAAACUGCAAUAGAAAAUCAAACAAAAAUAAAUGUCCUAGAGAUCAAGUACCAUAGAACCAGUGCACACACACCCAACAUAAACUGUGGCUAAAUUUAGGAAACAUAACACACCACGUAACCUGCAAGUGCUCCUCUAAGAUAAGAUUUGAAAGUGUCUAUCGGCUUGAGUGUUACGCACGCUCCCACUCCUGGGAAAGAAUCAUGUCGUCAUGGAAGUUUAGUUCAGCUGAUUGAUUUAGGUUUUGUAAAUGAAUUGUAACUCGUAUAAGCAUCUUUCACUGGAAACUUGUUGAAUGUAGCAAUAAAUAGUUGUUAUUUAUAAAGAGAAUGCGAACCAUCAGGAGAACCUGUUUUGUAGCUAAAACUGAAUAAAUCCCAAAUGGAACUUAGUUGUGCUCUAGCUCAUAAGUACCGAGGUCAUGAUUGGGAGAAAGAGUAGUAAAUUUGAAUGGCGUGAUCACUCGUAAUAUAUUUUGUUGAUUUCAAAAUUAUCUGGAUGAUAUUUUGUUAAAAGAUGUUGAACCUAGAAACAUAUUUACAAUCUAAUAGUCGUUCAGAGCUAGAGAAACGUAUUUCUGACAAUCCUGAGACGUUCAAAUCUGUAUUAUAGAAGAUUUACAUACACAUGCGUUGAAGCUUUACUUCUGUUGUUUUAAAUAAAGACGCUCGUUUUAUUUUAUCGUCAGAGUCUUUUUAUUAGUUAAUGCCACCUGAAUGUAAUUUGAGUGAGAUGUAGACAAAGUAUGAUGUUGAAAUAAAGAAAAUCACAGAAAUGUUAGGAUUUGUUAACCUGACACAACUGAAGAGCAAAUAGAACAUGAUAAUAAAGACUGUCAAUAAAUGGAA